CGCAAGACGGUGGAAAUAAAUCAACAGUGGACGGCGCCGAUGACAACACCACAGCUGCACCCGGGGCGACAACUACGAUAGGAGAAAAUGAAAAAACCACGAAAUUUCAUCCGGGUGGAGAAAAGACAGCAACGAAUGGCUCCCCAGAGCUCAGGACCACCACUAUUGCAGCCAGCACUUCGCUUUCGCAGCAACUCGAGGGGAAUUUCCUGCUCGGCUACCAGGGGCUGCGCCAGUGCCAGGUUCCGCCGGACUCGCAACUGGGGUUGUCGUUGAACAACACCUUGAUGUUUCGCC